AUGGGAAAAUUGAUCAGACCAUUGCCCCGCAUCAGUAUUGAAGACAGUGAAAUCAACGUGUUUCUUGAAGCAAUUACACUAGGCCGCGAAACCGAUGAAUAUCUGGAGUUGCUUCCAUUGGUAUUUACUUGUGCAAUGAAGUCGCUUCAGAGCUAUAGGAUGUCUGCUAUUGUCCAAGGUAGUAUGAUUCAAAUUUUCAGAGUCAACAUUUCCGGUUUCAAUAACCUUAUGAUUAUCAGUAGAUACGAAGCAGCAGCCAUUAUUUUCCAAAGAUGCUUAUCUCGAGUUAGCAAGCUUAAAUGGGAGGUAUCAUCACUAUUAUGCUACGAAGAUGGUGUUUGUCUUGAGCAGAUUGUCUAG